ACUCUUAGAGCCAACAUGAUGGUUAACCUUCACCGGUUAUAGUCGAGAUGGCUUGUUUCUAACCGAGCUGCAUCAAGCCAGUGAAAGAUGGUCGAGGCAAUACCCAAAGGAGUGAAAGAUAUUUGGGACAAAUGGAACAUUCGUGGCCUUGUGAUAUUCAGUCUUGUCUUUCAGACAAUCCUCGUUCUUCUCUCACCAAAUCGAAAACGAACACCAAGGAGGCUUCUCCGGCUUCUCCUCUGGUCAGCUUACCUUUUAGCCAAUUGGGCAGCUGACUAUGCCGUGGGACAGAUCUCAGAUAGCGCAGGAGACGACCCUGAACCGAACGAGUCACCCAAGACCAACGAGCUUUUAGCGUUCUGGGCAACAUUUCUUCUCUUGCACCUUGGUGGCCCUGACACCAUCACCGCUCUUGCUCUGGAGGAUAAUGAGCUCUGGCUCAGGAAUUUGUUCGGUCUGCUGUGCCAAUUUAUUGCUACUCUCUACGUGUUCUUGCUAUCAAUACCCAACAGUCUCUUGGUACCAACAUCACUCAUGCUUAUGGCUGGACUCAUCAAGUAUACUGAGAGGAUACAAGCAAUGCGUAGAGCUAGUCUUAGAAGGUUCAAGGAUUCGAUGCUUGGGGAGCCCGAACCUGGAAUCGACUACUCGAGGUUCAUGGAGGAAUACAAAAUUAGGAAGCUUUCGAAAGAGCGUAGCCAGUUAGUUAGGGUGGAGGAGCGUGAGAAAGAGCAAGGAGCUCGGGUACCAGUAAGGCCAGAGGUUAUUACCCAUCUCCAGGUUGUUCAGUAUGCUUAUAAGUACUUCAAUAUCUACAAAGGUCUUGUGGUAGAUUUCAUCUAUAGCUCUCAGCAGUGGAUAGAGAGCAAGCUCUUUUUUCAGUCAUUGUCGGCAGAAGAUGCUUUGAGGAUUCUAGAGGUAGAGCUCAGCUUCAUCUAUGGAACAUUAUUCACCAAAGUUGACAUCUUGCACACCUGGAUUGGAGCUGCUUCCCGUUGUAUAGCGUUGGGUUGCUUGUUUGCAUCUCUCUACAUCUUCAAAACAUCCAGGAAAGAUGGAUAUGAUUGUUUUGAUGUUGGUCUUACUUAUGCUUUGAUCUUUGGUGGAAUCGCACUUGAUUUCAUUUCCAUCCUCAUAUACUGUGUAUCCGACUGGACAUUUGCUAGAUUGAGGAAGCUUAAGGAGGAGGUAGACAAGAAAGAUACCAGGUUUGAGAGAUUUCUCAAUUGGCUCCUCGGUUUCAGGGAACUCAAGUGGAAGAAGUGCAAGUGUCACGAGGAAGAACAACCUUGUCACAUGGUGCUUGAUAGACUCUCUAUAUUUCGGCGAUGGUCGGAGUACAUAUAUGCAUACAACCUGAUUGAGUCCUCCCUGAAGAUAAAACCAAAGAGAAUCCACCACACCAGGGGUUACAGACACAGUUCCUUUAAUACCAUCAUUCGAAGCUUGUACAUAGAUCAUGUCUUUGAUAUCAUAAUCCGAGAAACAGUCUUAGUUUCCAGAGCCUUGAAUCGCAUCCGCAAGAAUAUAGACCUAUGGAUCAUUUCUCUGUCCAUAAAGCAUCAUCGAGUGGCGUAUUAUGUUCUCUACCCCGUCAGGAUGUUGCAUAGAUUCUGGUUUGGGAUUCCUCUGAUUAACUAUCUCUUGGAAUUCUUCGGUAUCCCAGAUCAGCUAAACGAGAUAGUAUUCACAUCCCAUACACGCCUCACGAAAGAGCUUUGGGAAUUCAUAUUUGAGGAGGUUAAGCGUAGAUCCCUCUUAGUUGUUGGCUCAGAAAGUGACAGCUACAUAUAUUCGGCUAGAGGUGACUGGAUUCUGAGGGAUAUGAGAGUAGGGGAUAUUCACGAGAAACUGCUGCAGUAUGUUACUGAAGUGGAUUACGAUCAGAGCAUUCUGGUGUGGCACGUCGCCACGGAGCUCUUACACCAAACACAAGUAGACAAUGCAGCAAGAAAUGUCAGAUGCAACGAGUUCAGCAAAACCUUAUCAGACUACAUGAUGUACCUGUUAAUCGUGCAGCCGUCUAUGAUGUCAACAGUUGCGGGAAUCAACAAGUUAAGAUUCAGAGAGGCGAUAGCAGAAGCCAAAAACUUUCAAGAGGCUAAAACGCUGUUUCAGAGGACGCAUGUUGAGGAUUCGAGAGAUGCAAAGAAGGCCUGUAAAGAAAUAAUGGAUUCCUAUAAGAAAGUAGAGCGAAGAUAUGAGAACACCAAAGGAUACCAAAGCAAGUCUGUGCUAGUCCAAGCGAAUAUACUAGCGAAGGAGCUUCAGCGGAUAGAUGGUGACAUGUGGGAAGUAGUGAGCAAAGUGUGGGUGGAGAUGCUUUGCUACGCAGCAAGUCACUGUGAUUCUAAACAACAUGCAGCGCAACUCAACAAAGGUGGUGAAUUGAUCAACUUUGUUUGGCUUCUGAUGGCUCAUUUCGGACUCGGAGAGCAAUUCAUGACCACCAAGGAAGAUUCUAGAGCCAGACUGGUUCUGGACAAAGCCACUACUUCUUGCCUUGUGUAACACGUUGUUGUUUUCUUGUCUUAAACAUAUUUAGCUAUUGUUGAGUAAUCAUAAUUUAGUUUCUAUUAACUGUUCUCAAUUCUUCUAAACCCCAAUUUGCUCUAUGUAA